CAAUCUUCGAAUUUCGAAAUUUUUGACAUUCUAAAUUGAAAUGUUUUUACUGUGUAACUCAAUAAAAUAUUAUCGAUUCAAAAGUGAUUCAAUCUCCAACUAGGUACAACCUAUAUUUAAUGAUAAUUUAGGUGUGUGUGGCUUAUCAAAAAACAUAUUAUUUCAAUCAAUUUUCUCGUUUUAUGUAACGAUCCGUAAUCUUUUUAUCUUCAGUUUACUAUUUUUAUGAAGCAUGAUAAUAUUUUAGUACCUAAUUAGUAAAUUACCAGGCAAACAUGUGAGUGCAAUAGUUUAAAAUCGUUCUUUGUAUCGUACAUGAUGUCUAUGAACUAUGCUUUUGGAUUUUCAUUAUUCCUACUUGUUCUUGUCGCCCUGAAUAUUUAUUUCUUCUAUACUCUUAACACAGCUGGAACUAAAUCUCCUAAGUUUAAUGUCCAGAGUAUAAAUUUAGAUUUAUCAUCUGGUGUGUUUAAAGAUAUAUAUGAUUAUCUUAACUAUUUACCCAGUAACUACAAAAUUAAAAAUUUAAAUUUUCUGCCAAUACAGAACAAUCUUUUAAUAUCUUUUAAUUCAAGUCAUAAUAUUAAUACUCAGGAUGUUUGGAGGGAAACAGAGACUUGGAAAAGUGAAGAGUCAUUAUUUCCACACACAGAUGGUGCUCCUGGUAAAAUAUUACAUGCCAUACAAACCUCACAGGUAGCAUUGGUAGACAACGCACCUAAAGGAACACAGCUGAAACUAUUACUUCUACUUGAAGGCAAGCAGAAGAUUUAUUUCAAACCAAAACGCUAUAACUUGAGUCAUGUCAUUAAUGGAAACAUCUAUGGAGGAUUUGAUCGCCAUAACUCUGAAGUGUUUGCCUAUUACUUAGCAAUGGUGCUAAACUUUCGAUGGAUCCCUCCUUCAGUGAUACGACAAAUACAUAUACAUAAAGAUAUAGUGCCUGUUGCUACAGCAGGCUUAAAAAGGACUAUGGUAAAAAAUGAUAGUGGAUCAUUGUGUAUCUAUGGAAAAUGCUUCUACUGUAAAAUAAAUGAAACUGUUUGCCCAAAUAGUAAUGGUGUGAUCGAAGGAGCCGCAAUACUUUAUUUGGAUAGACAAUUUAAAAUUUACAAGUCACCUUGGAGGAGGUCUUACAGCACCAAGAAAAUGGAAUGGGAAACUGAUAAUGAUUUUUGUAAGAAAGUGAAAGGAAUAUUGAGUGCGAAAAGGCUACUCAACCUGAUAGAUGUGGCAAUUUUUGAUUUCCUUAUACAAAAUGGAGACAGACACCGCUACGAGGUUUACAAAGAUCAAAUUGUAUUACUAGACAAUGGAAAAGGUCUGGGAAAUGCCAUGGUUGACGAGUUAGAUAUUUUAGCACCACUCUACCAAUGUUGUAUACUUACAACUUCAACUUGGCAAAACCUGGAGAUGAUAUCUGGGGGCAGUUUAACCGAAACAAUAAAAAAAUUGGGUGCGCUCAGAGGCCAAAGGCUGGCCACAGACGAUCACUUUAAAGCAGUAGAACGAAGACUACUCAAAGUAUAUGCCACUAUACAGUACUGUAUUGGUAAACAUGGAAGGUCGAAGGUGUUUAAAAAUGGAUUAUUUUAAGUACCGUACAACUUAGAAUGUUAACAAAUAAAUGAAUAGUUAGUGAGUGAAAAAAUAGCAAGUGUGUACCAUAUUUGUGCCAGUGCCUAAAUCAAAGUGAUAAUAUGAUUAAAUAGAGAUUUUAUAAGU